UUCCUGGAACCAGCCAUGGAGUGCCCCCUUUUGGCUGAAGCUUCAGAGGGAGACCCCCAGCCAGGGCCUGCCUGUAAAAAGCAGGUGAGGCGACGAAGAAUCAUGGUGUACAGGCCUGCCCCUGAUCCGCAAGGGUCCCCCGCUGUCUGCCGGGAAACCCUGGAGCCAGGCAGCAUGCCUUCCCUCGAAUGCGGCGAUGCAAACAGGUCACCCAGCAAGAAACAACGGCUGCAGCAGGGGCCUCCACCAGUGGUGGAGAGCAACGGAGAAGCUUGUGGCAGACUGGGAGUGAUCCUGUGGCAUAUGGCAUCUCCCAUGGAGAGGAAACAGCGAAGAGUGCUGGCUGUGGAUCUGGAGGACUUCUCCACAACUCAAGUGCCUGAAGCCCCGCAAGGGUGCUCACCUGUGCAGAGAUCACCUGGGUCCCCCUGUGGAAAUCCCCUCCCAUCCACCAAUAUGAAUGAAGUUGGAUCUUCCUGGCGGGCAAAGGGUCAACACGGCACUGUCUCCAGGUCGUCUCCUCCUAAGGGGCACACUUUGUCCUGUCAAGAGCCUCAGGAGAGGCUGGCUCACGCUUGCCAGAAGCCGUGGCCCCAGAGGCUGCCUCCCUCUCAAGGCCACGAGUUGGAGCGCCUGCAAGCCAAAAGGCAACGCCUCCAGAAGACGGAACCCCUAGCAAAUGGCAGCGAGGGGACCAAGGCACUGGAGAAGGCCCGUCAGCAGAUCCUGGCCAUCAGCCUAGAAGACCAUUCUGUGGGCCAAGCCAGAGAGGACGGUGCUGGCAAGGAGCCGCUGGAGACCUUACUGUGCCCCUGUAGUAGCCAUCAAGUGACUUUGCCUCACCAAACACCCGCUGUCAACGUGGAAAAGGCUGCCCUUCCUGAUAAACAUGAGAAACAUCAGACAGGUGCCCCUUCUGAAACAGCUGAACCGCCCUCCUCCUGGCCACCUUCAGUGACAGCUCUGUUACGUCCGUCAGUGGUCCCUAGUUUCCGGCACUGGGGCCUGGCCCCCGUCUUCCAGAGCAUGCGGUCCAAGCUGGAGGCUUUCGCCGACAUCUUCCUUAGUCCGUCCAAGCCCUCCCUUCCAUCCGCCGAGGGGGUGCCCUCCUUGCCACCGUGUCCCCAGGAAAUAGAGGAUCGGGCAGCUGCCCAGCCAGGAACUCCGCGCCGAAGAGUCAACAUCGAAGUCAAAAUUGCUAUUUCAGAGCCACGCCCCCGGAAGAGGACUUGCCACCAGGAAGAGAAGGAAGAGGAGGAGGCGGCGGAGGCAGGCAACCUGGUGGUGAGCGGGCGUCCCCCGAUCCACCAGUGGCGCCUGAGCGAAGGGGAUCCGGCUCCCCAGCCCCGCCUGGGACGCAGCUACUCUUGCCCUGAUUUUCCGGGGGCCCAUUCUUGGCGAGCCUCCCCUACAUUUCUUUCCCUGCCUGCGCAGCUGCGACGGCGACGGCACACUGUGUGCAGCCUGGAGGUAUCCCGAGAGCUGGGCUGUCCCGCCCUGCCCUGUCUACGCAAGGAGGUGUAUCCCUUCAGUCCACCCCCCCGGCGCCUCUUGAUCAGUCCCUCUGUGCACACUCCCCGUCGUGAUGGUUCCUCCUGCUCCUCCCCUGUGCCUUCCUUCUGCCUUGAAUCCAACCCAGUUCAUUCCAGGGACCUUUCCCCUUCUGAUGACGGACAGAGAAUACCCAGUGUUGGCCUGAACGUGGCUAAUUCAGAGAUGCUCACAUCGGAGCAGAUGAUGCUUUCAGAGUCCGAGAUGAAGGGUUCCCAAGAAACCACAGCAGGAAAAGUCUCCUGCAUAAGGAUCCGUAGGACGCCUGCCAGGCAGCAGGCAAACCUCACACCUAUGGGGCUUCCCCGGCCUGUCAGGCUAAACAAAAAGGAAUUCAGCUUAGAGGAGAUCUACACAAACAAAAACUAUCGUACACCCACGGAGAAGAGGUCAUUUGAGACCAUCUUUGAGGUGCCACUGGAGCGUAAUGGGGCGCUCGUCUUCACCAGCCAACGCAAGCUAAAGAGAGCCAUGGAGUUCCGGGAGGGAGGCCUUCCCCGCAAACCACGCAAAACCCGUUCCCGAGGGGGGCACCGAGCAGGGGGACGGAGGGUUCAGCCACGGCCGCCUGAGCUGGAGGAGAUGUUGCGGCAGCGGCUGGCAGAGCUGGACGCCUUGUCUGAGGAAGAAGAAUGCUGAGCUGCACAGAUCUGGCAGCUGUAAAGAGGAAAGGGUAGCCACCUUAGGAUCCUUUGCACU